CUCGGCUCACUAAUAACAAGAUUAAGGGAGAGAGAGAGAGUGUGCGUAGUCAGCGAACGAUAUAAGCGAACCGUGGGCUCGUGGCCACCGCGGAUUCCCGACUACUUCAGAGAUCCCGGCACCGACCGUCGACGUUUCGCAUCCGCGACGAACGAACAGAGAGACACUUCGAGCCGCGAGAAACACGAUGACAGUGUGAAAAAGUGUUGUUGACCGUUCGAGAAGUGUCAUCGGAGGAUCGACUCGAGUGUUUCCAUUUCGAACGAUACUUUAACUAGCUGAAAUAGCCUUCCGGAUCUUGCCGGCAAGGAGACGAAAAACGAGAAUCGCAGCGAGUCCGUCAAACAAAUCAGCCCGCAACCAUGAAAUUCGCAAUCCCGUUGCAACACUUCAAGAGAUGCAUCCUAUUGUUCGUGUCCGGCGUCAUUUCCACGAUCCUUGCUUUCAUUAUCUACAAAAGCAACCCUGCGCAAUGGGUGCUGGAUUACAAACUGGAAAUGAGACCGAAUUCCCUAGCUUUCGAAUUAUGGAGGAAACCCCCCAUCGAGGUGUUCUUAAAAAUCUAUAUAUUUAACAUUACCAACGUGGAGGCGUUCUUCAGCGGCGAAGAGAAGAUGAAGGUCGAAGAGAUCGGACCUUACGUUUACCAGGAGCUGUUAGAGAAUCAAAAUGUCACGUGGCACGAGAACAAAACGAUUUCGUAUAUACCGAAGAGGACGAUCAAGUAUAUACCAGAAAUGUCUAACGGCGAUCCAAUGCGUGACAUGGUGCGCGUGCCGAACAUACCGAUGCUGGGCCUAACGUCGACGUUGCACGACGCUGGAAUGUUCGUCAACAUCCCGUGGAUCAGCCUGAUCAACGUGAUGAACAGCAAAGCGAUCCUGAACAUCACCGUUCACGAUUACCUUUGGGGCUACGAGGACAAGCUGAUCCAUUUCGCGAGCACCGUCGUCCCGAGUUUCAUCGACUUCGCGAAAUUCGGUCUGCUCGACAGGAUGUACGACGAAGGGGACAACGUCGUGUUCAUGAACGUCGGUAAAAACAAGAACAUGACCGAAGAGGAAGGGCGAUACCUCAGCAUCGAGUCUUACAAUUUCAGCCCAGGAAUGUCGCAAUGGGGAUACCAAAAAGUGGAGGGAAACGAGACGUCGCCGGAGAACACGAUUUGCAAUCGCAUCAAGGGAUGCACCGAGGGAGAAUUGUUCCCGUCGAAUCUGGAUAAACACGCGGUGUUCAGAAUCUUCAGGAAAGCGUUCUGCAGAGCGAUUCCGAUCGUGUUCAAGGAGCAAGUGCAGCUGGAUAACGGUCUAGAAGGGUAUCUGUACAGCGUAUCCGACGAUUUCCUAGACCCGCCGGACAUGAAUCCCGACAACAAAUGCUUCUGCAAAAAGGAGUCCCAGUGUCUCAAGAAAGGACUCUCCGACAUGACGCCGUGUUACUAUCGUAUCCCAGCAGCCAUGUCUCUGCCGCACUUCCUCGACGCGGAUCCGAGUUUGCUAAACGGUGUCGAGGGUCUCCAUCCGGAUCCCGAGAAACACAGGACGAAAAUCAUUAUACAACCGGUGAUCGGCAUUCCGAUGCACGUGAACUCGAGAAUGCAGAUCAACCUUGUCAUGAACCCGACGUACUUCAACUCGGAGAUCAAGGCCUUCAACGGCAUCACGGUACCAUUGUUCUGGACCGAUCUGUACAUACCGUCGCCGCCGAGUGAUCUGCUGUUCCUCUUGAAACUGGUGCUUCACGUGCUCCCGAUUGGACAAAUAAUAACGAUCUGGCUGCUAGCGAUCGCAGGAAUUGCGAUGAUUAUGUUGUCAAUACCGGCCAUGUUGUGGGCUAUCAAUCAACAGCAACAAGCGCUUGCGGUGGAUCGAAGAGACAGCACCGACUUAAGGAUACCGCUCAACUACGGCCAAUACACGACGAUACGUAUUUUACCAACUAUCAAGAAGAUCACGUCGAAGACCGAUCUGUUUAGUUAGCACCUAGGAAACUAUAUUCGUGAAGUGCCAAAUAAACGCACGUGAUCGCAACGUUUUUUUAGUUUUCGAACAACUAGGCGGGAAAAACGAUGAUAUUCGAACGCGUUUGUUCUCGGCGGGAAUGAACGGUGCCGGUUCUCCUCCAAUCUACUUUUAACAGACUCAGAACACGAGAGGUGUCAGGUAUUCUGCGUUACGGUACGCAUUCAGGGUUUCGUGCUAAAAAUAUUUUCCUUUAACGAUCAAUAUUACGUAUCCAUUCGAGGACAUUCUUACCGUUCGCUUCGAACCCUAUUUCAUUCGAAUUAAUCUGUAAAAAUGACGCUAUUCUUCUUGUUUUAUUCCGUUUAACGAAGGUAUUACCGUACUAGUUCUAAUAAUAAUUUAGCGAAUACGAAAGAUCAAUUAAUGACGAUUCCAGUAGCUAUGUUUCGAACUGAAAUAUCUACACCUGUAUACACAUAAGAGUUUUUGUUGAGCGAUGUUCACGUUUCGGCGUCCUCUUUAGCGUCUUAUUUCCUUUAGCGGCCUUCGAGAAAGAGAUGAAGCAAUAAGCGAGGAAAUCUAUCAAAAUCCUGAUAAAAAGCAUAUAUUUUCUCGCUCGUUCGAUAUUAAUCUGCUUUUUCUUCGGUCAUGAGGCAGAUACGGUUGUCAGCCAAUAAGGGCGCAGAACAAAUUACUGCUACUAUUUUUAAACGUUACACGCUGUCGCUUAAAAUGUGCGACAUUACAGAGAAGAAGAACUGUGUAUUUCUAUUUUGUAUACCGUAGUAUGUACUUUUAAAUAUUAUUUGUAGUUUAAUAAUAAACUAGAGAAAACACUUAAAGUAAAUAAUUUGCAAAUUUUUAUACAUUUCUUCGAUUUAGGGCAUUCAUCAAAAUUUGUAAAAUUUAAAUUUAGAACGAAUUCAUAGUGAAAUUUAUUUUUAUCCUUUAUUUUAUAUAUUAAUAUUUUCAUCGCUGCAAUUUGUAUUAUCAUUGUCAUAUCUCAUCUACUGUGCUAGAAAUGUAGUUUUAGGAUCACAAUUAUCAUCAAUGUUUAUUUCAGAUCUCUAGUAAAAUUAUAAUUGUAUUUUUUUAUCAAAAUUUAUAGAAAAUUUUCAUACAUUGAAA